GCAAAAAUGGUUUAGCGUGCUUUAAAUGUCGGUUACUAGUGCGUAACUGUUGUGUUGUCGUUGUUGUUAUUUACGUUUGGUGUCACUUGCUUUCAUUGAUACGCCGGUUAUGCCAACUCAAAUUACCGUUUUAUUUGGUAUGCAGACUCAGUUUAAGAAGUCAUAUAGAGAUGUUUAAUGGACAUGCGUCUUUCGUUUGCGAAAAUAUCACUGCAUAACAUGUUGUCAACGCAGUUAUUUAUCGGCGUUAUGAAAAUUAUAAUUACUCUUAGUACAUGAGUACGUACUGGUGCGAGUGUUGUGAUUUCCUUGUAUUCGUAUUGUACAUGAUUUUAAUGUGAUUUUUACCAUUAAAAAACUCACAAAGUAAAAUAUGACUCUCAUUUGUGAAAAUUGCAAUGUAAAAGAUAAUGAAUCGUACUCAUUUUACUCAAUAUUGUUGGCUAAGGUUCAUUGUUUGAUUGAAAUGUCGUAUUCAAUAAAUACUCAGUGAUCAUGAUGUCUAGUGAUGCAUUAUUACAGUCUGCAUAUUAAAUUGCUUAAUGGUGAAGAGACGAUUUUGUGAAAAUAUUCUAAUACAUAAUGACAGUGUUUUGUGAAAAAAAAACAUCUGCUGUACGAUUCAGAAGAUGAAUACGUUUAAUAAUUUUUCAUUUAACUGUGACUAGUUACUUCUUAGUAGAUUACUGCUAAGUAUAUCAGAGUACUGCAGACUAUGUGCUGAAGUGCAUGUAUUGAUGCUGCACCACAUGGCUAGUGUGCCUGUUAAAGGGCCUGGAAAAGGCAGAACUAAGCCAUGCUGUGCAUGGUGUUCAGAGAAAAAGGACCUUAAGUAUUGUCUAACUGUUGAUCACCAAAAGAAAGACUUCUGCUCGGAAAUGUGUUUGCACGAGUAUAAAGCAGCAUUUUUAAAGCUGACAUGUGCCUUCUGUGAAAAUGAAAUAACCAAAAAUGCGGUUGUUAUUACUGAGCCCAGUAUCAGAGAUUUUUGCAACCAAACUUGUCUUCAGAAGUACAAUGCAAAAGAGUUGAAUUCACAGCUUGAGAAGCAAAAGGGGAAACAGGCCAACAGCAUUCAGUAUCAGUAUGAAAUAACUGGUAUUUUUGAUUGGGAUGUUUACCUCAAAGAGUGCAAUGCUACUGCUGCACCAGUUUCAUGGUUUAAGCAGCAUCCUGUUCCACCGAAAAAUGAAUUUCGAAUUGGUAUGAAACUUGAAGCAUUGGAUCCUCGAAAUGUUACAUCAACUUGUAUAGCUACUGUUGUUGGUAUUCAAGGGCCUCUUCUGAGACUACGGCUUGAUGGAGGAGAUAACAAAAAUGACUUUUGGAGAUUAGUAGAUUCUGCUGAAAUUCAUCCUAUUGGUCAUUGUGAGAAAAAUGGUGGAAUGUUGCAACCACCCCUUGGAUUUCGAAUGAAUGCUUCAUCCUGGCCUAUGUUUUUAUUAAAAACGCUAUCUGGUGCUGAUAUUGCACCAGGUAGAAUAUUUAUGAAGGAACCCCCUUCUCCUAAGUCAAAUAAAUUUGAAGUUGGGGUAAAGUUAGAAGCUUUAGAUAGGAAAAAUCCUCAUUUAAUCUGUCCUGCAACUGUUGGAUCGAUCAACGAGGAUAUGAUAUUUGUAACUUUUGAUGGGUGGCGUGGUGCAUUUGAUUACUGGUGUAAAUAUGAUUCAAGAGAUUUGUUCCCUGUUGGUUGGUGUAGAGCAAGCGGUCAUCCAUUGCAACUGCCAGGAAAUAAAGGAAGUUCUACUGGGAAAUGCAAAUCAAAAGUACAAGUGGCAGCUACAAGCUCAGUUCCGCCUCCUCCAUUAGUACCAUUACCUUCUUCUCCUCGAGCUGCUCAGAGUCCUAGUAGUAGCACGAGAUCUCGAACCAAUGUGGUAAAUGGUGUUCAAGGUAGUCCGGAUAAAUUCAUUCCAACCUCUGCAGAAAACUGUGCAAUUGCUAGCUCAACUGUUUCAGAACCUGAAGAGAUUGAUGAAGCAACUAAUCCUCCUUCACCAGCUGUGUCAAGAGUUCUUGUGACAGAGCCUGACACUAGUUCGGUAUCUAAAUCUAGUGUUACAGUCUGUGCAUUCAUAAAUCACAGCUGUACAUGUGGACCCUAUUUGAAUCCAAAAAGGAUAGCUAGUUUGCCACUUAAGUAUGGUCCUGGAUCUUUAAACCGAGUAUUGAGAGAAGCUGUACAAGCUUUUAUUGAUUGUGCAGAAAAUGAAAAAAAUAUUUUCUGUUUACUACGACGAGGGUUAGGAAAAGUCAUUAUAAGAGCAAAUUUUGAUGGGAAAAUGCAUACAUGUCGAUUACCCCCUAUUGGCAGUGUUCCAUCAUUUUGGAGUUUUUUGGAAAGUCUCUUUGAAGAUCUUAUGUGUUGUGAAAAUUUUUAUACUAGUCAACCCUUAGAUGGUGGGUGUACAAAAUGUGCAAGUAAAGGACCCGUAAGAAGAGCAUCUGAAGAUAUUUUAACUCAUUCAGAGCUUCCUGUGCGUCAAAAAAGGCGUUGGUCUUCUGAUUCAUCAGAAAAUAGUUCAAGGAAUUCAUUGUCUUUAUUAAAGCCAUUGAAGCUACCAAAACUCUGUCUGCAGCCUGAACCUGAGGAUAUUCAUAUGCAUGUUGAAAAACACAUCUCAAAACCAGCUGAAUGGAGCAUUGAUGAUGUGAUUAAUCACAUUUGUUCUGCGGAUGAAAACAUGGCUGCACAUGCUGAUCUCUUCAAAAAACAUGAGAUUGAUGGAAAAGCAUUUCUUCUUUUGAAUAGUGAAAUGAUGAUGAAGUACAUGGGCUUAAAAUUGGGGCCUGCUUUAAAAAUUUGCAAUCUAAUUGAGAAGUUGAAAAAUAAGAAGUCAUAUUAAAGAAUAUCAAAAAGCAGUUUUUCAGAGUACCUGAAGUGUCUGAAAGAUACAUUUUAUGCACACUUUAUUUAGUCUGAGUAAAAAAGCUUUGAAGUAGGUGACUGCAUUUACCUUUCCAUUCAUAAAUGUAUUUACACAUUUAAAUUUCACUUAUAUCUCUGUGAUAUUAAAAAAAUGUAAAUCUAUGCAUGUUGUUUUGUCCAGAUUUUUGUGUGAACUAAUUUUUUGUGUUCAUAGUUUUUCAUUAGAUUUCUAUAUGGUUUUAAAGUUUCCUCCCCUUCAGGUAUUUUUAUUUGUUGCUAUAGAGUACAUCACGUUUCCUGUGUUAUUUGGAACAACUAUGCAAUUUUUCAUGUAAAUGCAUUUAGAUUUAUGGGAAUGAAAUGUAAUGAUGUUAUUUGUUGUAUCACUGUCCUUGCAUUACCACCAAUUAGCUUGGAAAUUUGAGUUCGUUCAAGGAUACUAUGAAAAAAUUAAAUAUGUGGACCAUGUUGGAAUGGUAACAUGUUGUAAUCUUUAUAAAAUCAACAUAAUUCAUUCUUUGAUGGAAAAGUGCUGUUAGUUAUGAAUAGCUUUGUGAUCUGUUAUCAUUUUCAUCUUCAUUUUUACCACAACACGCCUUCAAUUUCCUUAGAUUUGUAUACCUUUAAAAAUUCAUGCCAUGCCCUUUCUGUUCAGUUGUAUUUUAAUACAAAUAUAUUCUCUCUUAAUGUAUCUUACCAACAAUCUUCGCCAAAAAAAAAAAAAAAAAAGAAAAGAAAAA